AUUUGCUGGGUUAUUAGAGCCAAGCCACUGGGCCCCGAGAGGGUUGCAGUGAAGUGAGGCCUGCCGAUCUGCAUUAAAGUAAGCCAUAUGAGGACUCCAGAAGAUAGAAAAGGAGGCAUUGGCACUAGACUAAAAAGUAGUUGGACUGUAUAAGACACUUGGAACUUGAAGAGAAAAAUGAAUCUUGAAAAUGACAGUACAGCUUCUAAAAACAUAUUUGAUAUGGACUAUGCUUCAUGGAAAAUCCGUUUUGUAUUAGUGGUGGCUGGUUUUUUCUUCUACCUGGGUGUCUUUGUGGUUUGCCAUCAGCUCUCUUCCUGUCUUAAUGCUACCUAUAGAUCUCUGGUAGCCAAGGAGAAGGUCUUCUGGAAUCUUGCUGCUACCCGAGCAGUUUUUGGAAUUCAGAGUUCAACUGCUGGUCUAUGGGCUUUGCUUGUGGAUCCUGUUCUUUCUGCUAAUAAAGCAUAUUCACAACAGAAUUGGUGCUGGUUUAAUAUUGCAACUGCAACUGGCUUCUUUUUCUUUGAAAAUGCUGCUGUUCAUGUGUCAAAUUUGGUUUUUCGGACAUUUGACGUAUUCUUAGCAGUCCAUCAUCUCUUUGCCUUUCUUGGAUUUCUUGGACUAUUGACCAAUCUCAAAGCUGGUCACUAUCUAGCCAUGACAACACUGCUACUGGAAAUGAGCACUCCUUUUACCUGCAUCUCCUGGAUGCUUUUAAAGGCCGGCUGGGCUGAUUGUCUGUUCUGGAAGGUAAACCAGUGGUUGAUGAUCCACAUGUUUCAUGGACGCAUGUUUUUGGCUUACCAUAUGUGGUGGGUCUGUUUUUGCCACUGGGAUGACCUAGUCAGCAGUCUGGCUCUUCCACACCUUGCACUUUUCUUGGUUGGCUUGGCCCUCCUUACCUUAAUUAUUAACCCGUACUGGACACACAAGAAGACUCAGCAGUUGCUCAAUCCAGUGGAUUGGAACUUUGUGCAGCCGGGGCCAAAGAACAGUCAGCCUGUCAAAGUGAAUGGCCAGACCCUUCAAAGGAAGAGGCAGUAA